AGCGCGCGAGUGGUUUCACGUUUCGAGGUUUUGUGGCCGCUGCCGCCAUAGGUGCUGUCGACGCUGUCGAUUUGCUGCUUCGUAGUAUUAUUUCGUAGGUAGCAGCUGCGGGCUUGCAUGAGCUCUUCUACCUAAUUAACUGUGCCAGUUUCAAGAUAACGGUGAUAACAACGUUGUCGGUGCAACAGAAAGGGCGGCUCUCCUGCAGGCAAGGCCUCCCCUCGCACGUCACGUGCGUGCGAGUAUUUCGCUCAGUCUGAUUCCCGUAUUGCCAUGAACACUGGCUAUGUCCGCGAUUCUUUGAGCUUGGAACGGGAAGGCAAAGUCAGGGAAGUGGGAGCGCAAGCUGUGUGGUCGUUGUCAUCUUGUAAGCCGGGAUUCGGUGUUGAUCAGCUGCGUGACAACUGCCUCGACACGUACUGGCAGUCCGAUGGACCUCAGCCGCACCUAGUCAACAUCCAGUUUCGCCGCAAGACGACUAUUCAAGGGAUAUGCAUUUACGCCGACUAUAAACUCGACGAGAGCUACACACCUAACAGGAUUUCCGUGCGUGUGGGCAGCAGUUUCCACGACCUGCAGGAGUUGGAGGCUGUAGACUUGACGGAGCCCACCGGCUGGGUUCACAUUGCUACACGUGACGCAGCUGGCCACCCUGUGCGAACCUUCUUUGUGCAAAUUGCUGUACUAUCGAAUCACCAGAACGGCCGGGACACUCAUCUUCGCCAGAUCAAGGUGCACUCACCCGUCCAGCAAGCCAAUGUCAGCGUCAUGCCCAAAGUCAACUUCACUAGUGUCAACUGCUGUGCCUUCAGCUGCAUCCGCUGAUGCCUCUGUUUAACUAGCCUGCCACUCCACAAAGCAGGACUUUAUGUUGUUUAGCACUUAAUAUGUUCUAACCAUUCUAAGAUUAGUGUCUUCUUCAAUUGUUUCAUUCUAAACUGUGCAAUUAUUUGCUUUUGCUAAAAGAAAAUGGCCGAAGAUCUGGAAGCAGAGAAAGUGCUUAUCAGUUCAAUUCUAAUUGCACAUAAAGGACCCAUGACAAUUUCUGAAUUUGAAAAGGAGUACAAAUCUCUUGAAUGCCGUCCUGUGCCAUGUCAAAAAUUUGGUUGCGCAAAUGUUCGUCAGUUUCUUAACAAAAUCUCUGACACUGUUACUGUCACGCGCAGCCAUGCAGGAGAGGAUGUAAUACAGGCUAGAGUAAAGCAGGCAGUCCAACACAUUGACCGAAUGGUCAAGCAGCAAAAGCCAAGCACAACAAAAGCUAAAGUCCGGCAUGUAAUGCACAAACCACCAGUACGAGGGAGGUAUGUGCCAAGGGGCACGUAUAGGGGCCGAGGAGGUGGCCGCUCCUUUGGUGGAAGAGACCACUCAGCGACAGUCAUGCCGUCACAGAAGUUCUGUGAACCUCCAGAUUCUCGCACCAAGCCUCCGAGCUCUCCAGAUUAUCACAAUGAAACUGCAUCUACUUCAAUAACCUCAACUGACACAGCUCAACGCAGGGGCGUGUCAAGGCUCCACUAUUCAUUACUAAGAAAUUCUAGUCUUUACAACAGCACUACAACAAGCUAUCCCAUCCAUGAGGACACGAAACACCAUGUUGAAGUUGAUGCACUCAAUCAUUCCCCCCAAUGUGUCCAAAAUGAGCCGGGUCUUUGUAAACCUCUGUCGGUUUCUCACAAUGAAAACUAUCAAGAAGUUACAAACAUAGCUCAGUGUGAGCAUAGUGACGACUCUUCAGGCCAAGCUUCAGGCAGCCAAUCAGCUUCUGUACAAAGAAAUAUAAGUUAUGUGCCUUAUAACAGCCUUGUUCAGCAGUGGACUGCGCAGAAUUGUGUUACCAGCAGCAUGCUUCAGCCUGUGUAUCCACAGACUUUGCCUGUGCAAGGUGCCAGCAUUCCCCCCGGUCAGCCUAUCCUGAGGCCUUUGCUGUGUCAUCCAUUCGUAGCUCCACUGGAGGAAGAAGUCAUUGCUUAUAAUGGUGAACCAAGUGAGCAGGCUAUGAGCAGCAGACUCAAUCCCAGUGCCGCUGCAUACGAGCCAAGAUCUACGAGCAUACAGGCAAGUGCUGUUCAAGAUGAAUACGAGUUCACACAAGGAACUGUUGGCCCAGAGUUUGCUGACAACCAAACACAAGUUGCACCCGAGAUGAUGAGCAAGGGAACAUCAACUGUUGAUUUAACUGCUGACAUUCCACAAGGUUUUGCGACUCGCGUGAGGAGCCUUUUGGAGGAGUAUCCCACUGGCCUUGACAUUGAAGUGCUAAUGAAAAUGUGUGAGAAAAUAAUGGGCAGCAGUGCUUACUUUAAGCAGAAUAAGCACCCUCUUGAAAUGUUGCCAGAUAUUUUAUCUUCAGUCUCUUCAGUGUGCAUUAUGCCAGACUCUGGAGGGAGGUUCAAAGUAAUGCUUUAUAAGAGUGACCAAAAGGAAAAGCAAAAUGAUGCUCCAGCCCUGCCUGAUGAUCUCCGAUGUGGGUUGUUGUCAAUUCUGCUCAAAAUUCCUCAAGGCCUCAAAGUUUCAGAGCUGCUAGACUUGUAUGAAAGACGUUUUGGUGAGCAUCAUCACAUCAAAACUCACGGCCAAUGCACAAGCGACUUCAUUCGCAACAUACUGUAUGCACUUCCCGGCACAGUUGUCAAAAGCCAUGGUGAUGGGACACGCACCAUACAAAUGCUCAAAGAGGAUCUGCAAAACCCGAUACAUAAUGUCGGGCCAUCUAUGCCGCUCUUCGAUGCUGAUGAGUCUGACUCUUCUGUAGUCAUGUGUGCUUAUCCGGUACAAGAACUACCCCGCUGCUGGACAUUUUCUGUUGCUAUAGGGGAAGUGUUCUCUCCAUCCGAGUUUUACAUUUUAAUAACAGAAGAUGGUGCACUCAGUCGACUAACGGACUUAAUGACUGAGCUAGAUGCAUUUUACUCCAGCGCACCUGCUGAUUUUUACUCUGUGAGUUUCACUAAUUUGAAGCCAGGCUUCGUUUGUGCUGCUCUGUACACAAACAAUGGACAGCCACUCUGGCAUCGGGCUGUUGUUCAAAGUGUUCGACUUCAUGAAGUGUUUGUGUCCUACAUUGACUACGGCACGAUAAUGCCUGUGAAAGUUGCUGACAUCAGGAGGCUCCGAUCCGACUUCCUUGAACUUCCUGCACAGGCAAUUAGGGCUUCACUUGCAGGUGUAAAGCCGAAAAAACGAACAGGUGUGGCCAUCUAAAGCUAAGGAACGCUUCUUGGAGCUAGUACAGAUGGGAGAGUGUAGCUGCUCUCUCGUGAGCAAAGAGCAGGACACCUUUGCUGUAGAGCUAGUGAUGUCUGAUGGCAACAUGGAGUACUCUCUUAGUGAGGUUUUGAUUUGUGAAGACCUGGCAGUGAGCACAAUGGUGAAAGAAGAAAUUACAGCUGGAAGUUCUAUAGAAACGUGGACUUUCUCUGAGGGUCACACUGCCAACGUGAUCAUGUGGAAUGGGGGACGUUACAUGUCUUCUAUGGGUAUCUCAAAGCUUUUGGGCUGGAAAGAUGACGAGGUUUCAAAAAGGCUUUCCAAAAAGGGUAUCAGUCUUGUUGGGCCUUUGCUGGAAAAAAAGUGUGACCCAGAGCUUCACCUUGAGGUUUCUCUGAGCGACGGUGUUUUUUAUUUCGACAGUGUCCAGUUGUAUCACUUGCACAAUGUUCCAGACAUUCUUGGAAUACUGCAGCAUCCAUCAGAGAAUUUGAGAAGCGAGCUGGAGAGUAAGGUGGCAAGUUGUUGUACUCUGUCUGAUCAACCCGUGUUCGCAAAUGGAGCCAACGAGAGUGAUAAUUGGCACCUCAGCUACAAUGAUGAGUCUUCUAUGUUUCUGAGCAAGAUAACUGAUGUCAGCAACUCGCAAGACAGAGUUGACCCUUCUGAAUAUGUGCAGAAAAGUAGGACUGAAGAUGUCACAGACAGCGGCAGCUCCCAGGACAUGGAGGACAUGGCAGCAUUCAGACGAAAUCUUGAGAAAAAACUAGCAGAAUUGAAGAAGACACGAGCUGCAUUAAGGAUGGCAGCAUACGAGAACCCUGACUCGGUUGCCGCAUCUGACCUGCAGUUUAUUGAAAGCAAGGUUGACUCCUUCAGCCAGGUGCUGAAAGAGCUGGACUUGAACUCCACCCCGCACGGAGUGGAGGAGCCUUCCAAAUUGUCCAGUUCUAACUCAUCUAAUCAUUCUAACAAUGUCACAAGGAGUACUGCUGAAAGCGUUGUAGGCAAAUUUCAAGACAGCUAAUGGAAGCAUUAAAGACUUCAAAGCAGAAGUGAUGGACUUUACAAAUUGUGUGCUACUUUUAUUGUGGCAGAGAACUCUUGUUUUUCUUUCUUUUUUAGUGUGUCAUCUUCAAAUUUAGGUGUUCAUAAGUCAUUGAACAAAUCGUGCUGCAUUGUUAAUAAAUCACUUUACUGUCUGA